AUGAUGUCCACAGUUCAUUUAUUUCUCUAUCGACUGCUCGCCGUCCUUCCGCCAGGGCAUUUUUUGGUUCCAAAAACAAAAUUCGGCUCAAUGGUCGUUCCGGCGUCGAUCUACAUUUUGGGAGUUGGACCAGUUAUGAUUCUCGCUUUGUUUACGCUUGACACAGAUCAGAAAGCUUCAAAAUUGAAAGCCAUCGAGGUAGGUCCGAAAAGCAUCCUUUCGAAGACUUGAUCCAAUAGAUGUUAAUUUUCAUCAGCUUUUUUUUUUAUUGAGGCAGAAGUCUUCGACAAAAACUAUAGGUAGUGAAAUAGGGGGAAGUUCCCCGUGGGCGAAACUUUUCAAGCCCUACCAAACUUGUAAAAUCAAAAUUUUCUUAUUGCUGAUCAUAUCACCAGCGUCAGGCCUAUCCCCAUUAAAAAAAAAUUUAAAACCGAAAUCGUUUUGAAAACUUAGAUGAAUCUUCCAAAAGCAACUAGUAGUUUUGUUGUCAGGUCAACAAAGCCGUCAUUUUUUCCAAGAUUAUUUACUUUUUUUCAGCGCUACGCUCCAUGCAUUCCACCUUCACUGAUGGAAGACUUCGUCUACCUUCUGGACACGAACGAUCCGGGGAUUCAGGCCUGGAUCUUCGCCCACUGCGUCAUCACCACUUUCAUUUCGGUUUCUUCCAUCGGGCUCACAUUUGCUUGCUAUUAUCUACUCAGUCAAUAUACUUCUCAUUUAUCCGCCCAAACCGUCAAAAUACAGCGCGCCUUCAUCGUUUCUCUAUCUCUGCAGGUAGAACAUUUCUAUCUCUAUUUAUCCUUUCAUAAUUAUUAGGUAACCGCUUACUCUCUCAUAAGCGGUAUCCCGACUAUCUUCAUCGGAGGGAAUUAUUACAAUGGUACGCUAACAAAUGGUAAGCUUCAUUUUAAUCAAAACUUUUUCUGAAUUUUGAAGCUUUUCAGAAAUAUUCGAAAACUUCUUCGUAAUGCUCAAUUUUCACGGCAUCGUUUCAACUUUGAGUAUGCUUAUUUUGAAUACGAACUACAGGCGAAUGUCUACGGAAUUGAUUUAUCAAAGUGAGUUUGAAUAUAAUCCUUAAUUGAAUGAAGAAAGACAGGGAAAAUUCAAAAACUAAAUGGAAGGGAAAAAACCUCCUGAAUGUGCUUUAUAUGAAACAUUCACACAAAAUGAAUCGGACCUCGGUAACGCAGAUCGGACGUUUCUGAGCAUUUCUAGUGACCAGUUAUGAGUGCUGACGCCGCUGAAGUGAUCACUGGAGAUGCUUAUUAGAAACAUCCGAAGCGCGUUAACCUGUUUCAACUUCAAAAAAAAAUUGAACUUUAAAUUCGUGGCUUUCUCAAAGGAGCACACUUGAAGCCAGCUGUUCCCAAAUUUUUUAACUGAGCUUGGUUUUGAGUAACCCUCAUUUCUUGAAGAAAAUUUUCUUUUUUUUUUCUCUUUCUCUUUUCCUUAAUAAUCAACGGUUUUUUUCAGUAUUGCAUGGCGGUCGAAUACCUUUCUUCACACCGUCGCAGAAAAGCAGAAUUUCCGUUCUCUCGACAAAGUAAUAACUAUGUUCUUGGUUGAACUGCAUUAAAAUAAAAAAAUCAUUGCUAGAGCAUUCAUAAUUGUAAUGAAGACGCAGAGAUCUCGAAAACACAAGAAAAAUGGAUACGUUUCAAGAUUUUUUUAGAGAAGUCGACCAUGCUUCUUUAGAAACUUUAACUAGGUUUAAAAAAAGUAGAGUCCAAGAAAAACGGAAAAAAGCUUUUGACAUGUUUUUUUCAAAAAAAUUCGAAACUAUAUUUUGGUAAUUUAUAUGUUUUUUAAUUUUCCAGUAAACAAUUUAUUUUUCCUAUUGAUAUACCAAAAGAAGAUUCUGGAAGCAUCGCAAUUUUAGAGAAAUAAGAAUUGAAAGCUCCAAACUUGCCUAUUGGAACAAAUUUUGAGAGAUUUCUUUGAUUUUGAAGUAUAACUUCUUAAAAACACGAAAGUUGUGAAUAUUGAGACUCCAUCAAAGAUUAUUUCGGUCAAUUUUUAGAAAAUUCCUAUCCGUAACGUAAAAUGACAUUACUUCUCAGUGGAGCAUACUUUCUGGCUCCUUUUGUUCAAUAUCAGUAUUUCACGGAGAAACGAAACGUCCAACAGAGUUUGAAACUUGUAAAGAUUCCAAGAAAAAAAAAUUUCAACAGGUGCAAAAGAAGAACUACAAAAAAGUCGGAAACGAGUUCAAUGAAAAAAAUUCCGCCAAUUUAUAGAGAAAAAAAAGAUUAAAAUUUUACUUAAUAAUCAAAACCGACUGUUUGAUUGAUCUUUUAUGAGUCAAAAACUCAUUUUUCACUGAUUCGGUUUCAGUUCAGAGUAACUUUAAUUUCUCCAAAUGAUAACUGAGAACUGCUGAUCGUUUAAAAUCACGAAACUCGACAGGUGCAAAAAAAGGAAUAUAAUUUCACAAGUAUCAAAAAUGUCAAACUUGGGAUUACAUCUGCUUGAGGGGGAAGCGUCUAUUUCCCUUUUAUUCCAAACGGACAAAAUGUCGUGUCCGACUUGGGAUUCGACUCUUUAUGAAUGGCUCUUACACAUUAUAUUAAUGAUAUCCCUUCCUCUGUAUAUUUUCUCGUCUUAUGUUUUAUUGAAAAAAUCGUCGCCUUCUUUGAAACCCUACUCAUAUCGUCUUUUUGUGCAUACAACAAGGUAAAUUCAAACUUGGAACAAAAUGAUAAAUGGCUCCUAAAGAGGUUAGGCCCCUAGAGGGGCAGAAAAGCGUCCCCUAUUUGGUUAAAACAUAGGUGGUCCUAUAGGGGUUCAAGCCCGAAAGCUCAAGUGAUCCAUAUUGGGUCUUUCAAUUUUUCGUUCGGAUUCCAAGAUUCCAAGAUUAAAAGGUUCAAAUAACGCUAAUUAAUUGAGUUUUUCGCAUGGGAAUCCAACUUCUCAUAGAGUUCACAAAAAUAAUCGACCAGCAUGUUCCCUAUAGGGGCCGUUUCUGAAAACUUGAAUGGCCCUUAUAGGGGAAGGUGGAGUGGCCCUCAAAAUUGGACCUUUAAGGGUCCUAUAUAUAAAAUAAAUAUAUUUUCACGGACAAUAUACCUAGAAAAAUCGAAAUAUUCAGCUGCAUUUUAACGGAAAUACUCGUCUGUCUCUGCGGUGUUCCAGUGACUUACUUGCCUUACAUGGCCGCAUAUCCAGCCGGUAUAAGCCGUUAUUCGAUGGUACCGACGCGUUUUCAACUAGCCAUAGGCAGCGGGUUUUUUGUCAGUGAGUCAACGAUCAAUCUAUCAUCAUACUUUUUCAAGCUGAAACACUUCGAAUCUAGAGUUUGCGGUCAGGAAAAAAACUAAAAUCGACCCUGUUUGCACGCUAUGCUCUUUUCCGAUGAAAUCAAGCGCAAGCCGUUUUGCUUCGGCUGCUAAAAAGUUGUCCAAAAAGCAGUUUUAUACGUGUAUAGCUAUUCUAAUUACAGAGUGACUUGAUCAAAUCUAAAAAAUUCAAUUCAUCAGACAAGUAAGCAAAAAUAGCGAAUGUUCGUAGACUGAUUUCUUGCCUUCGGAUUGACCCAACAUUUAGCGACCGCGUUGCUUCGAAAUUCAUUUAGCCGACUCAAAACGGUUUGCGCGCUUUAGCAUCGCAACUGUAUUUUUUUUCAGCAGUAAUGAUGUCCACAGUUCAUUUGUUUCUCUAUCGACUGAUCGCCGUCCUUCCGCCAGGGCAUUUUUUGGUCCCGAAGACGAAAUUUGGAUCACUGGCCGUUCCGACAUCGAUUUAUAUUUUUGGAGUUGUACCCAUUUCGAUUCUCGCGUUGUUUAGACUUGACACAGAUCAGAAAACUUUGAAAUUGAAAGCUAUCGAGGUAGGUCAAAAAAGAAUCCUUUCGAAGGUUUCAUCUAGGGGCCACAACCAAUUUAUUUCAAAAAGAUUCAAAAAGUAUGUUUUACACUAUUUGAUAAAGGAGACUGUCAAUUUUCAUAAUCCGUUUGAUUUUUGAAAAAAAUAUCCACUGAGAAAUAAGUUAUGGCCAAAUAAGUAGCGCGCGAAGUGUUCAACGGACACUUCGUUCAACCUUAACUUGAUCCAAUAUGUAUCCCUUUUCGUCAGCUUUUUUGGCGCAGAAGUAUUCGAGAAAAUUCAUAGACACUGAAGACGGGAAAAGUCCCUUGAACUUCUGAAAGUUUUCAAGCCCCAUUGAAUUUGGAAAACUAGGUUUUUCUUAUUGCUCGAUAUAUCACCGAGGUCAGGCUUAUCUUCAUUUGAAUAAGAUAUUAAAAACAGAAGUCGUUUUCGAAAUUUAGAUGACUCUUUCAAAACCAACUAGUUAUUUUGUUUUCCAGGCUGAAAAAGUCGCCCUUUUUCCAAGAUUAUUUACUUUUUUCAGCGCUACGCUCCAUGCAUUCCACCUUUACUGAUGGAUGACUUGGUCUACAUUCUGGACACAGAUAUUCCGGGGGUUAACACCUGGAUCUCCGCCCACUAUGUCAUCGCCACUUUAAUAUCGGUUUCUUCCGCCGGACUCACAUUCGCUUGCUAUUAUCUACUCAGUCAAUAUACUUCUCAUUUAUCCGCCCAAACCGUCAAAAUACAGCGCGCCUUCAUCGUUUCUCUAUCUCUGCAGGUAGAAAAUUUCUAUCGCUGA